AGGGUCUAUACUUGAGGGUGGAAGGAUGGAAGAGGGAGGGUCGGUCAUGUCCUCAAGCUCCAGUGAUCCCAGGAAUAUGGUUCCGCUCUUUAGCGUAUGCGAAUUCGGGGCCUUCGUUAAAUAGUCCGCACAGCUGAUUGUUGUAAACAUCCGGUGCGUGACAAACUGUCGUUGCGGAGAAAAUCAUGUGGGUCUUUGGAUAUGGAUCCCUAAUAUGGAAAGUGGACUUCCCAGUUAAACGACAGGUGGUGGGGUUUAUCAAGGGGUACCAGAGAAGAUUCUGGCAGGGAAGCACGGAUCAUCGCGGGGUCCCGGGAAAGCCCGGCCGAGUUGUCACUCUAAUAAAGUCGGAAGAUCCAGAGGAUGAAGUGUGGGGAGUAGCUUAUGAGAUCGCAAAAGAUGAUGCAGAGUCAGUGAGAGCUCAUCUAGAUCACAGGGAAAAAGGAGGUUACUCAUCAGUCACUGAGUUAUUUCACCCUGAUGAUGACACACCAGAACCAUUCCAGUUGACAAUUUACCUGGCCACAGAAUCUAAUAGUAAUUAUCUAGGACCUGCACCACUGACAAACAUCGCCAGACAAAUCACAACCUCUGUGGGACCAAGCGGGAAAAACAUAGAAUAUUUGUUAAAUCUAGCAGACGCCAUGAGAAAAAUUUCUCCCCAUGUUCAUGAUCCCCAUCUGUUUGAACUGGAGGCUGAAGUUUUAAAACUUUGUGAUACUUUAAGAGACUCGUGAUAUGGUAUUCUUGCAUAUUUGGAGGGUUGAUAAUCUCUAGCUAAGUCAUCAAAUGUUAGGUUAAACUAAUGUUUUUUUUGUUGGUUAUGUGCAAAAUGAUAUGUUUUUAACUGUGUUCAUUCAUGAUUAUUGUAAUAAAAC